AGCGCUUCCCAGUCUGUGGUUCACUCGUCUCUGUUUACCUCUCUGUUAAUCUCUCGCAUCUCUCUCUCUCUCUCUCUCUCCCCACAUUCUCUUGAUCGCAGUCUCUCCUCCCCUUUCAUGCUCAGAACACGAGCCACACUGCCUGCUACAUGAUCUCCUGGAAAAUAGAGCUUGGUGUCUUUGUAGCCGCUUGCUGCUUCUCAAGCCCUUUUAGAUUGCGAUCUAGGAGACAAGGAAAGAUGUCUUCGCAACAACCCUGACUGCUGUCAUCUCCACAUGCCCCGUCCCCUUUCCUAGUAUCUUUCCCCCUGACCCUUUACCCCAGCCCUUUCCUUUGCCCCUCUCCAAACCUCUCCUUCACCUUUCUCUCUCUUGACAAUGUUCUCAUGUGUUCACUGGCUUCAGCCUUUUCUUGUCUUGCUGUCCUCUACCUUAUUAACUUGGGGGUACAACUGCCCAUCCAGCUGCUUGUGUCCGGACCACCAUACAGUGGACUGCACAGGUCAAGGGCUCACCCGUCUACCAGACUCUAUCCCUUUGGACGUGCGGAGACUCCUAUUGUCUAAUAACUGGAUUCCCUGGAUACCCUCUGAUUUCCUGGUUCUCUACAGCGAUCUUGUCUACCUGGAUCUGAGAAAUAACUCCCUCACUUGGCUGGAGCCUGGGACUCUGAGCACAUCCUCCAGGUUGGUCUAUCUGGACCUGGGGAGUAACAACUUGACUGAGAUCCCCUCUGGGACUUUCGGGGAGUCCCGAAGCCUGAUCAAGCUACGACUGGGCAACAACCCCUUUUUGAGCAUGGUCAGAAAAGAUGCCUUUUUGGGCCUCACCUCUUUACGAGAGCUGGAGCUGGAGAGAAAUGCACUCUCUGGACUGGAUGUUGUGGUGUUGAGCCAGUUGCCUUCUUUGCGGGUGAUACGCUUGGAGGGGAACCCCUGGGUGUGCAAUUGUAACUUUGCCAAACUCUUUCUGUGGCUGUUGGAGAAUCGUCACAAGCUCCCAACGGGUUUAGAGGGUAUGGAGUGCUCCCUUGCUUUGGAUGGGCAGCAGGUGUCACUGAGUGUGCUUUCUGAGGACAGUUUCAGGGAAUGCCGGGGAAUGCUGACUCUCACUGAUUAUCUCAUAGUGAUUUUCUCUGGGAUUUGUAUCUCAGUGGUGGCCAUUAUUGCCAGUUUCUUUCUGGCAUCCACGAUCCACUGUUUCCAGCGGCUGAAAGCCAAAAGGACAGAUGAAGAGGAGGGAGAGGACUGAGGGAACUCAAAACCCCCUUCCACAGACUACUCAUAAUGCAGCACACUGUGGAAGCCAAGGGAUUGGAUGAAGAGGUGAACCACCUUAUUUCCUAAUUUAGGCCUCUCUUUGACUAAGGUGUGGCUGCUAGAGUCAUCUUGCAUCUCACAAUUCAUAACCCUUAUCCAUGAUGCUUGAAUGAUGCAUCAUGUUUUUAUACUUGAAUAUCAAUGAUGUUAUUGAGCCUUAAAACAAAAACUGUUCCGUAAGAUGCAUUUUAUGUAACCACUGUCUCGUGCCCCUGUAUUCUAGAUAUGAAUUAAGGGAUAGUUCACCAAAAAAUGAAACUUCUCUCAUAAUUUUCUUACCCUCAUGCCAUCCCAGAUAUGCAUGACUUUCUUUCUUUCUACUAGUGAACACAAACAAAGAUUUUUAGAAAGUGAAAGUGGAGAUUUAAAGUAUUAAAAAAAGACUUAAAUAGUUAUCUGUUUCUCACUCACACAUAUUAUAUAACUUCUGGAGAUAUGGAUUUAACCACUUGAGUCAUAUGGAUUACUUUUACGCUGCCUUUGUGUUUUUUGGUGCUUGAAAGUUCUGGUCACCAUUCACUUGCAUUGUAUGGACCUACAGAGCUGAGAUAUUCUUCUAAAAAUCUUUGUUGUGUGCAGCAAAAGAGAGAAAGUCAUACACAUCUGGGAUGGCAUGAGGGUGAGAAAAAUAUGAGAGAAUUUUCAUUUUGGUGUGAACUAACCCUUUAUAUUUUGCCAUCAGAAAGCUGUGUUAACAGAAUAACAGUGGUUUUAUUAAGAUAUUUUUGUUAUUGUGUAAAUAAUAUCUUGCUCAGUUGUAGAAACGUUUAGCUACUUGAACUUUAAAGUGCAUAUGAUAUAUUGCAACACAAUCCCAGUGAGCCAUAUUGUAGGACAAUUUUCAUAAAUCAUAUUGACACUUUUCAUUAAUCACCAAAGAAUUAACAUAAAAUGAACAUAUUUUGUGACAACACAAUUAUUUUUAUCACAAAUAUCUUAAGAUAUUAAGUCACUUUGGUUGUUGCAUAAAUGUAAUGCGUCCUGUGAAUAUAGGGCAUUUGCUGUAGUUAAAGAU